UUGUUCCCUCUUGGUCACUUAUUAUCACACUCACCUGACUUAUAGUAUUAUCCAUAUUCUCAGUACAAUUCAUAUCUUGAGUUGAACUACCUCGUUUACAAUGUCAAAAGUGUUCAUAGUGACUGGCGCUAGUCGAGGUAUUGGCUUCGCCAUAGCACAAGCAUUAAUUCAAGCUUCGCACAAAGUCUUCCUCGUCGCUAGAACAGAGAAGAACUUGCAAGAGUUGAAAACGCAACAUGCUACAUCUGUCGAUUUCAUAACUGCUGAUCUAGCAGACUGGAAGGUUGCCCCAAAAGUCAUCGAAUCAACUGUCAAAGCCUUUGGCAAGAUAGAUGGGAUCGUGGUAAACCAUGGUGUCUUGGCUCCAAUCACCAAGAUAUCUGAAUCUAGUGUGGAGGAAUGGAGACACGCCUAUGAUAUCAAUGUCUUUAGUGCACUAGCACUUGUCAAAGAAGCCAUUCCCGAACUUCGAAAGUCACAGGGCCGAGUCGUAUUCGUCUCGUCGGGAGCAGCUUUUGGCGCAUACGCCGGGUGGGGAUCAUACGGUACCUCCAAGGCAGCCCUUACUCACCUUUCUACCCACCUAGCUGUAGAGGAGCCUUCCAUCAUUAGUGUUGCGGUUUCGCCCGGUAAGGUCGACACCGACAUGCAGAAGCAGAUAAGAAAUGAUGGCAAAACCGGAAUGGCGCCAGAGGUCUACGCAAGCUUUGUAGACGAAUAUAAGAACGGCCAAUUUCUAGACCCCAAGCAGCCAGGCGAUGUGAUAGCCAAACUGGUCGAAGGCGCCACUAGCGAUCUCAGUGGUAAAUACUUCCGUUGGAACGCAGCCGAGCUGGCUAACUUCCGGGCUUCAUGAGGCAAGACGAAAUAAAACGAAAGUACUGGCUAUAUAGCAAGUUAGCCCGAAUGAAUGGUCUAUUUGCUACGUAGGAAAAAGAGAAACGUUGCUUCAGGCGAAAGAUGAAAAGACUUGAUAAUUUUCAACAUAAAGAUUCGGUCGUAACAAUAUUCAUCACUAGCAGACACACGAGAUUCGAGAUGUUUGACGUACCUUACAGUUCAGCCUAAAAUCCGCAGAUAGAAGUCAUGUUGCCCACGGGUUUUACCAAGGCCAAUUUGAAACAGUACCUACUAAAC